ACCCGCAACUUCCCCUUUGCUUCAUUUCCUUCUGCCUAUUUCCCCAAAGGAACCAACAUUAUUGGACUUAUUCGCGCUCAAGCUAACCCUGUUUGUGGCAGAAACAAACGGAAUUUGUGUGCAACAAGGAUGAAGACUUUGGCGAUUAUUGUGUUCCUCCUCCACGUGGAGUGGAGCCUGGGGACAAAAUGCAAUGGGACGGUGAUCAGCAGCAAAGGAAUCGCCUACAACUGUUCGCUCCAUUGUCUGGACUGGGCUAAGUUGGAGCUGGAAGGCAUGACCUCCUUGUCACUGGAAGGCUGUGGGAUAUCGCGCAUGAUUAACAUCAGCAUCAACAAAGAGCUGAAGGAACUGAAUCUCAAGAACAACAAACUAACGGGACUUCCACCAACAUUCCUCAAAAAUUUUCCAAAAUUAAAGAAGCUGAAUUUAAUUGGGAACCCCUUAGCGACCAUCCCGCUCAACCUGAUCGAGACAAUACAUGUGGACUUUACCUGCUCUUGCCAGAUCUUGAAAGAUGUGAAUCGCAACUGCAGAGCGGCAAUCAACUGCACCGAGGAUUUCCUGAACAAUAUAACAUGCACCGGGUCAAAUGAUACUCAGUUGCCGGCUAUGGCCAAUUUCUAUAAAGCCGAGUGUCCGGACUUAUCGCUGGUCUACAUCCUUGUUCCAGUCUUGUGUGUUUUCGCCAUCGCGCUUGUUGUCGCUGUCCUUGUGCUGGUGAAAUAUCGCUCGAAACUCGGCUCGCACUUCUCACCCACUCCGAGCAAGCGGCAGUCGGUCAAUUCAGCCGACCAAGGGCAUCAGAGGUACGCCAGCACCGGGGACUGGAAGGAUCAAGCGGCGAUGUCGCCGGGGGCUCACGCCAACUAUGAGAACGUCUUUAUGGGUGAACCGCAAAACGCAAGGAAGCAGCAGGCCACUGAUGACACUUACUAUCUGGAGAAUGAUGCAACCUGUGAAGUUUACCAAAAUGAGCAGCCAGUCUACUGUAACUACAGUGGGCCAGCGCCUACAGCAGAGGACGACAUAUAUAUAAUUGCCGACCAAUAAAUGCAUCGUCGGGAUCCCCCUUCAGAUGUUGCAAGAUUUCCACGUCUACAUUCUAUUCCAUUUCCCCUUCACAACGGUCUUGAAAACGUCUCACUUUCAAGAACCAGCUCAGACGUCAAGCACCAUCCAACCUGAACAUGUGGAACCCGAUUAUGAAUAUCCAGGACCCGACCUAACAACAAAAGCAUCGGUACCCGCAGCGAGGUUCAGUUAGAAUGUGUAGAAUUCAACCUAAACACAUGGAACUCUUUCAAAAUAUCUGGACUUCAGCAAAACAAAAACAAAAAAUCAGGAAGCCCACAAAAUAACAGAAAUUCAUCUGAGAAAAAAACACACAAGGAACUGCAGAAGUGUUUAAAGAAAGAACUGCAGAUGCUGGAAAAAUUGAAGGUAAAAUACUGGAGAAGCUCAGCGGGUGAGGC